AUGAAUAAAAGCAGCCUGAAUUCCUCAAAAAUCAAACAACUCUCAUCAGGUGCUCCUAUUGAGGUUGUUCCCAAUGAGAUCAUCUUCAAAGACAUCCAAAUCAACCAGACCUAUGAAAUUACUGUAUUUGUUCGAAACUUGACUCAAACGGCUCGUAGGAUCAGGGUUUUUCAACCGCAUUCAAAUUUCAGAUGCGAUUAUGAAAUGCAAGGGGCCAUAGCAGCAGGUCUGUCAAUGAAGCUCAUUGUGACAUUCGAGACAGCCAAUUUAGAGAGUUAUUCUGACAGUCUGAAGAUCGUAACUGAUGGACAGUACAGCGUCGACAUUCCAUUGCAUGCAUUCCCAGCACAAGCAGCUAUAAUCUAUGAACCCUUCAUCAACUUGGGAUUCGUAAGAGUGGGCAAGGAGAAGAUGGAUAAAAUCCAUUUUAAGAAUGAAGGCAAAGCUCCUGGGAAGGUUGAGUUAAAACUAGAGAAGAUACCCGACUUUCGAAUUGAUCCCAACUCAUUCACACUGGCUCCAGGUUAAGAAUUCUCAGUUUCAGUCUUCUACAAACCCAAAGAUGCAGGAAUCUUUCGAGGCAUUGUCGAAGUGAUUGCUGAUGGCCAGCUCAGCGGAUUGAGUCUCAAGAAUCCUAUUGAUAUCAAUGCUACUUCAAUAGAGUUUACACGAUUCCUUAUAGAUUCAAAUGGAACGCAGAACAAUCAUUUUGAUUUUGGCACAAUUUAUUAUGGACAAUAAAAAAAUAUCGAGGCUUACUUAGUCAAUAACACUCCCAAUCAACAGAAAUUCAAAGUCAAAUUGAAGAAGGGAUUACAUCAACGGGAAGAAACACUGAAGUUAUAAACACCAGCAGAAUUGGGAUUGGAACAAACUGAACGAAUUAUGGAAUGUUGGCCUGAGGAAGGAACUAUUGAAUCAUACUCCUAGGCCACCAUUCUAUUUAAAUGCAGACCCAAAGUGAGUGAAGAAUUGUAGAUACGAACAAGACAAUAUGCAAUGAAUCAGGAUAGGAGGAUGGAUGCAGAUGAAUUCCAAUACUCAGCCAUCUUCGACUUUAAUGAUGAUGAACCAUUGAUGAAUCAUCUCUCUGUACAUUGCAUUUGUCCUCAAAUCAAAUUCCCACCCAUACAAUCCAUAACAUUUGGGCAAUGUGGAGCAAAUUAACAAAAAGACAUGACCUUUGAAAUCCAAAAUCUAUCAUAGGAAUUACCAAUUCUCAUUGCUUUUCCAACCAUCCCCUAUUUCAGUGUGACUCCCCCUCUCAAAACUUUGAGUUAAUCUGAGAAAGUUAAUUUUUGGAUUAGUUUUAGACCUAAACAUAUUGGAUAAUUUGCUAAUAUUUUGAAUGCAGAAUUGUUGGGCGGGGUCUUCAAAAUACCUAUUAAAGUUACAGGCAUAUGCUAACAAAUACUACCCAAACCGCAAUACAGAAGAGGACCUGAAUCUUAACCUCAAGAUUUUGAAAUAACCAAGGAUAGGUCUAUUUCAGGGAUUGUCAAGACUUAGACCGAUAAGGUGUAGACUUUUGAUUUGUCUCGUUCAAUGGUUUCUGUGGCUCAACAAAGUUUAGAUAGGAUCGAUGAAUUGAAAUUAACAAAUAAGGAGAAAUACAAUGAGUAUUUGAAAGGUCAUAGAGCAUUGAGGAUCAAAAAAGAGAAAGAAUAGUUGAUUAAAUUGAAAUUCACUCAGAUGACAGAGAAAUUAAACUAAAUUAAGAAUGAAUCAUUGCUCUUGUAGAAGAAGAAACAACAAACAACAGAAGAAGAAAAACCAGAACCGCCUAUUGAUUAUGAAUUUGUUGUUGGAAUGCAUGAGGAUGGCUAUGAAUAGGAUUUGAAUCUACCAGAUGCCAAUGAAUCUUUAUUUGUUACUAAACCAAUCUAUCACUAUGAACCGAUUACUAGAGUUAAGGAAGGUAAUGUCAUCAAACCCUUUGAUCCUGAUCCUAAGACAGUUCCAAAGAAGAAAUUCCCUAAUGAACCAAAGACUCAUAGUGAAAUUAGGGAUGCAUCAUGUGAAUUGACAGCAGAAUAAUUACUUAAAAUAAGUGCUGGUCCUGUCAAAAUCGAUUUUGGGAAUAUCUUCGUUAAAUCCUUGGCUACAAAAUAUUUCUAUGUUAGAAAUGAAUUAAGGAGUUCCAUCUCAGUUCGAUUGUAUUCAGACAGAGAGGAGUUUGCUUAGUCAUACACAAAACCACAGAUAAUUCCCAGUGGACAAACAGCUGGAUUUGAUGUAUGUGUGAAUUCUAGGCAAUUAGGAUAGUUAAAAUCACAUUUGAAAUAUAUCAUCAAUGAGAAACAUGUAUUUGAAAUUUAAGUAUCAGCUACAAUUGAAAAAGUGUUCUUAGAAAUGAGUAGACAAUAAGUUAAAUUAAACUUCACAGAUGACAAUGCAGAGAUGGAAACAAUGGAAAUAUUGAGAUUGACUAAUAAUGGAAAUGCUGAUGCUAAAUUUAAAUGGAUCACAGCAGAGAAAAAGACCUUUUCUGUAAAACCAGAAGAGGGUGUUGUACCAUUUGGGAGGAAUGUAGAAUGUUAAAUAAUCUAUCGUCCAUCUCUUUCAAAUAAUCAAUAAUAGUAUGCAGCCUAAGCAUCUGGUCAAUAAUAAUAAUACACAGCUGCCACUACAAGGACAGAAGAAGAGAAAAUUACACUAAAAACUGAAGAAGGAUUAGAUCAAACAGUCAAAUGCACUGGAAUUGUGACUGAACCUAAAUGCUCAGUCAAGUAAGGCUCAUUAGAUUUCAAAGAUGUAGUUGUGUGUAAGACUGAAACUAAAAUUAUAAGCGUAAAGAAUCAUUCCAAAUCAACAGCAGUAUUUGCAAUAAAAUCAUAAAUAGAUUGCAUUGAAGUUAUGCCUCUGAAAGGUAGAAUUCAUUAAGAGGAAACGAAAGAUAUUCAAGUGAAGUUCUUUAGCAAAGAGGAGAGAACAAUCAAAGGAGAAAUUGUGAUUCAAAUUAGAGGAGGAAAACUAUUGGUUGUUCCCUUCUCAGCUUAAGCAAUCAUACCUAAAAUUGAAAUUGAGUAGGAUCUUUUCGAAUUUGGAAAUGUCACCACUCUAGGCACGAGCAAUCAAAUGCCUUUGACUCUCGUAAAUUCAUCUCCUGUGAAUGUUGAAUUGGUUUUAGAUUUGCGAUCUCAAAGUGAGAAUCCAAAAGCCCCUGAUGGAAUUGAUUGCUUAGAAUUCAAACCAUAAGAUGAUGAUGACACCAUUAUGCAUUCUGUUCAUCCUGAUUAAGAAGAUGAUGAACCCAAAGAAGAGGAUCCAUUGGAUGAUGUAUCUGAGAAAUCAGAACCCAUAGAAAUCGAAUAGAAGAUAUAUAGACAAUAUAAUAUCUCCAUUGGGGCAGGCAAAUCUUAACAAUUCUUGUUACGCUUCUCCCCAAAGGAAGUUAAAUAGUACUCAUUUGACAUUCCAUUGACUCUCGCAAGAUUUGGUAUGUUGCCUACUUUACUAAGAAGAGUGACUUGCAAAGGACUCAAACCUAAAUUCUUAGUGGAACCUUAAUCUAUAGAAUUCAAGAAGAAAAUCAUCACUUCCCCAGAUAAAUGUUUCCCCACAGUUGAAGAAAUCAAAUUGUCUAAUCCUGAUAAACGAGAUGUUCAUUGGAAAAUUGAUGCCUCCUCAUUGAGAUCAGAAAAGAUCUUCUCAAUCGAACCUUCUGAAGGAGUUGUUCCAAGUGGACAACAAUCUAAAAUUAGGGUCAAAUUCAAUCCUUAUGGACCUGGCUAAUUUAGCGGUGUCGUUCAAUUAUACAUCCUAUCUGAUCCUGACAUCCCUCCUACCUUACCUUAUGUAGAAAUCACAUUAGGGGGGUCUGGAGCAUACCCAAGAUUAUUAUUUGACAAGAAAGAAAUCAUACUUCCAGUUGUGCCUUUGAAUAUUCAAUCUAGGUGUUACUUUAGAAUUAUUAAUGACGGAUACGAAAACUUAAAUUUAAAAUAUAAUUGGGCUCAAGAAAUAAGCAAUUUCAAUCUAGAACUUAAAUUUCCAGAAGGAACUACCUUAGGUGUGGCCAAAAGCAAACUAAGAGUGGAAGUUAUUUUUAGUAAUAAGAAACCCUUGAGUUUUACUACAAGAGUUGAAUUUAUUGAUGAAGCCAGAGUCUAUUCAAUCUACAUUUCUGGAACUACAGAUAAUUGCAUUUUUACUAAUCAAACAUUCCUUUGGAGGAUGGGAAGGUACCAAUUAGAAGCUGAAGAAAGAAAACCCAUCCUCUAUGUAGAAGAUGAGAAUGUGGAUUCUGACAACGAGAAGAAUCCUAAACACAAUUUCUCUGUAAGAUCAAGUACUUCCUCUAAAGGAACUGCAAAUCUAGGUUAUACUCCUGUUAGGAAAGAUUAAUUUGACUCUGCUUCUGAAUAUAUUAUUAGAUGGCUCAAUUAUCAUGUGCUUACAACCAGUAUCGUAAUGUAUCCUGAAGAUGUGAUUAAUGCCAAUGGACAACAGGUUUUUGAACUUCUCACCUUUUUGACAGGCAAACAGAAUUUUUCCUAUAAAUAAAAUAUUGAUCCAAAUUGGAAGAAAUCUUAGAGGGCUGAAGCACUUUAUAAAUAAUAUGAUGAGAUGAUCAGAUAACUUAAAAUAGAGGGAGCAUUGCUUAAUCACAUCAGAUCAGAAUACUUGUUGAGUUAUUAAGAUUAUUUAGCAUGGCUCAAAGUUCAACCACCAAAUAAGUUUGAGAAUGUCCCUGAAAAUAUGUUGAGACUCAAUCCUACUAAAUACAAUUACUUGCAAUAAGAUGCUUGGAUUGCCUUAUUCUAUCAAAUCAUCAAGAUCUAUUAUUUGAAUCGUAUCACUCUCAAGGCAUUCAAAGCUCUUCCAGGAAUUCCUACUCCUAAAUUAACUAUUCCUGAUUAUUAUCUGGAAGGAUCCAAUUUGAUCUCAUAAUCUGAAGGCAUACUCCUCUACUUCUAUGAAAUAUGUUAUGAAAUGCAACAUCAAAUGACUAGACGAAUCAAGAAUUUUGAUUAAGAUUUCAGAGAUUCAAUAGUAAUUGCCGAUGCUUUGACCACAUUCAUUGGUCCUUCCAUGACUAAAUUCUUCGGCAAUUUCCGUAACUCUUGUAACCAUGAGGAUGAUUACAAAUACAACACUGAAAAACUGAUACCAGCAUUGUAAGACUUUGGCCUUUAAUCUCACAUUUAACCCAUUGAUAUAUAUCGUCCUUAAUGCAGAGAAAUGAUUAUGCUACUUGUUCAAUUAUUUUUUUCGUUGCCUUAUUACAUUCCCCAAAAGGACCCUAUUUUCUUCUCUUGUGUUUUGGGUGAAGAAGUAGUCAAAAGCAUUGAACUUAAGAAUCCAACUCAAAAACCAAUCAGCUACUGGGUUAAAUAUGAAGGACAUCCAGAUUUCUAAUUGGAAGGAGAUGAAAGUAUUAAAAUUGAACCAGACGUUCCCUAUUAAUAUAAAAUUAAGUUUACAUCAAGAAUAUCUCAGCCAGUUUCUGGAAGAGUAAUUUUCACAAACAAAAAAGAGUCAAACAUAUAAGCAGCUGCUUUGGUUUUUGAAUUAAAAUCCAGUAUUACAGGCAGAAAAUCUGAGAAGCAAUGGAAUGUUAGUUCUAUAUUGUAUGAAAUCUUUGACUUUUAAAUUUAAAUAACGAAUAAGUUCUUAUAGGAUGGGGAAUUUCAAAUAAUCAUAACUCAUGAGAAAAAGUAGAUAGAUCAAUAGAAAAAGAAGGGAAAGACUGCUUAAGUUUAAUCAAUUAUUUAAGAGGAGGAAUUCCCAGCAUUCUUUUGUCAGCAAGAGAAGAUUCGUAUUCGCAAGAAUCAAACCAUUAAUCUAACUUUACAAUAUAUUCCAUUAACAAUGGAUACUCACAAAUGUCAAAUAGUUUUAACUGAUCCACAAGUUGGAGAAUUUCAACAUGAUCUUUAAGGAACUGUAGAGUUACCUAAUUUAUCAGGUGAAUUCAAACCUGAAAAGCCUCUGUAUGUAGAUUAAACUAUCCAAAUUCCAUAUCAAAUUCCUUUCAAAAAUGAAUAGAUAGUUCGUGCUCGGUAACAAAUCUAAUAGAUAAUGUAAAUAAAAUAGAAGAACAAAUAAUAAUAAUUGGGUGUAGAUAAGACGAAUACCUAGAAUAAUUUUUAGAAUAAAUUAGUGUAUCCAGGUAGUAAUACUGAUUAAACGACUUUUGAAAUAGAAGUUUAUCCGUAAACAUAAUAUUUAUAAGUUCCAUAAACAUUGACUGUUGUUGAUGGAAAUAAAAAAUAAGUAGAUCGCAGUAAUGAUGGUAAAUUGCCAAUUACUUAUGCAUUUAAAAAUGCAACAAAAGAUUUUAGUGUCAUUUUGACUUUAAAAAAUAAAUUUGAUAUUCGGAGAUACAAAUUAUCAGCUCAAGUAUUACCCAAGGUUGUUAAGGCAACAUUAGAAUUUAGAGUACCUGCUAGAUAAUAAGUAGUUUAAGAGAUUCCAAUUGUGAAUAAUUCUGAUAAAGAAUGGAGCAUUAAGGUGUAGAUUAAUCAACCUUAAGAUGGAUUAUUUUAAUGUCCAAAUAAAGAUUUUUAAGUCAAGAAGAAAUCUACAGGAUUAUUUCCAAUAACAUUUUAUCCCUAAUGGAUAGCAUCUUGUGAGGCAAAACUAAUACUUAGUAAUCCUUAAACUAAUGAUGUAUUUGAAUAUGAUUUGGUUGGUAUUGGAGAAGAACCAGUUGCUGAGGAGCAUAUAAUACUUAAUUGUUAGGCUAGAAAAUAAAUGAAAAGAGACAUAGAAAUUAAAAAUAAUUCAGAAAAAGUGAUCACCUAUAAAGUGGAAACUGAUUUGAUCUAUGCAACUGGACCCUAGACCAUUACUGUAUAACCAGGAAAGAAAGCUACAUAUCAAUUAACUGUAUAACCAGUUUUAUCAGGGUAAUAUACUGGGUCAAUCACAUUCACAGAAGAAAGUGGAAGAUACUUAUGGUACACUGUCUUUAUGAAUACUGAAUCUCCGAAGUCAGUUCAGACUUUAGAAUUAUCUUGUCUAAUUAGAUAAGCUACGGUAAUGCAAUUAACACUUGUUAAUCCUUUGCCUGAAACUGCAAUUUAUGAAGCCAUAAUAAAUGGAGAUGGCCUAGUAGGAGAAGAUUAAUUUGCAAUUGGAGCUAACAAAGAGGGAAAUUAUGAAUUGACUUUUGCUCCACUUAAAAUAGGUAGAUGGAGAGGUAGUGUUGCAUUUGUAAAUCGUUAAUUAGGGGAAGUUUGGUAUGAAUUCAUACUCACUUGUGAAGAGUAACCAAUAAUAAAAUUAAAUGUAUUAAAGGCAUCUCUAGGAAAAGUAGAGUCAUUGCCUAUUACUUUAGAAAAUCCAUCUGAUUAAAAGGUCAAUUUGUAGUAUAGAAUAUCUAAUCCAACUAAUUUCGAUAUCUCACCUAAUGAAUUAGUUAUUCACCCAUAUGACGUCUUAAAAGUUAAUAUUAAAUAUACUCCCUCUUCACUUGAUUAAAUAGAGUAGUCUGAAAUUAUCUUUACAUCUCCUAUUGGAAAAUGGCAUUAUUUAGUUUUCGGUAAUGGUCUACCCCCAACUAAAUUCCCAGCUACUACUGUGAGUAUAGGAUUGAAUAAGGAUUACAGUUCUGUUGUACACUUUAAGAAUCCUUUUAAAGAUCCAAUUACUGUUAAAAUUGAAUUCGAAGCUGAAGGACAUAAUAAAGAAGUUUUUAAAUUACUGACCAACAAAAAUGAUAAGAUUCUUGUUCCAGGAAUGAAUGUUCUAUAAAUUCCUUUUUCAUUUGUUCCAAGAGAAAUCACUUGCUAUUAUGCUGAAAUAAUUAUUCAAAUGAAUGAAAAGAUCUCCUGGACUUUUCCAAUUAAAGGAGUAACAGAAAGUAUAUCAAAUCAAACAUUAUUUCAUUUUAAGGCCAAGUGUAGAGAAAAGUGGGAAGAUGAAAUCAAAAUUGGACUCUAAGGAAUUGCUUAAACUUUAUAAGCUGAUGACAAAUUUGAUUUUGAAUUGGCAAACAUUCCAGUAGAUUUAUAACAAAUGAUCAGCAAAUGCUUUAGUGUAAAGUGUACUAAAAACUAAUUAUAUAAUCCUCAUGAAAAUCUUCAUUUUGCUGUUCGAUUUUAGCCUAUGAAACCAUUCAAAGCUAGUCUUGAAUUUAUUGUUCUUAGACAAAGUGGAGGAAGAUGGAAAUACAAGAUAGUGUUAGAAGCCACUUAACCUGAUGAAGAUGAUGUUAUUAUAAUUAGUUCACCUUUAAAUAAAACUACUAGUGUUUCCUUCAAAUUAACAAAUAAAACUAAAGGAUACGCUAAGUUCUAUGCUGGAUUCACUCCUGAAUCCGAUGCUGAAUUUUCAGUUAUUCCUAAAAUCGGCGACCUUGAGCCAUAUGGAAGAGAAGGAACUACUUUUGUAAUUUCAUUUACUCCUAUAGAAUAUGGUAAGAUCAGAAAAGGCAAAUUAGUAAUUUAAACUGAGGACAUGUAUUGGUCUUAUUUGAUUAAGGGUAUUCUUCCAAAAUAUAUACCUCCUUAAAUCAAACAAUCGAAUAUUGAUAAUCAUUUAAUGAAAUCUUAAAUUUAGUAAUCCACCAUCAUUGAUUAAUCCAAAAACUAUGUUGUUGAGAAUAUCAAAAAAGCAAGAUAACUUACUCCACCUGCAUCUAAAAGACAGAUGUUUUUAGACGCCUCUUUUAUUAAAAAAUGAAAUAUCUACAUAUAUAUCUAUAUUUAUAUAUAACAAUAACA